AUGAGUUCGUCGGCGUCUUCACGCCUUCUCUCAGGAGGACGCAAUGGCAAACUGGUGUAUAGGCGGAUAUCUCUACUUCUCUUUGUUGAUGAUUCUCACGAAAUCAGUUCCCUCUUCGCAUUUGAUGUUCUUCCUUCUAACUUGAAAUUGACGAUGCUUCAGAAUGAUUCUUCUUCUGCUACUAUCGAUGGUGUCCAAGACAGGCCUAAGAUGUUGGCAAAAAUAACACAUAUUUAUGGGUUUGGGUCUUUUUUGGGUGAGACCGCAUUCACCCUGUCCUUAGAGAUUGAGCCAUAUGCAGUAAUCCCUCCACCAACAGUUGUAGAUCGUAUGCUCAAAGAUCUUUCUCAUAAAGAACAUUUGGGAAUCAGAGAGGGAAAAAUGGCAAAGGGCCCACUUGACUGGAAUGACUACAAGUCCAUGAAAUUCAUUCGUGCGGUGAUAUUUGAGACCUCCAGAUUCGCAACCACAAAAGAAAUGGAACUCAAUGAUUGA